UAUGCAAACUGAUUCAGUCUGUUUCUCUUCCUCGUUGGAUUUUCUUUGAACACUAGAGUGUGUUUACAAACGCAGUGAUGUGUUGAAUUCUCUAUAAAAUGUGUGUUUUCAUUUUUACUGAUAAAAAUGUAUUUAACAGUCGUUGAAUUUCAUUAAUCCAAACAGAGCCGUUAAAUAUUAGCUGUGCUCAUAACUAUUGAGAGGAAUAUUUGACAUCUGCUACCAGUUUCAACAAAAAUCAGACAUCAUCUGAAACAUGGAUCGCCUGGCGUCUUUUGGAAAUGAUCCUUUCGAUAAGCCUCCCUGUCGUGGCUGUUCAUCUUAUCUAGUAGAGCCCUACAUAAAGUGUGCUGAAUGUGGACCUUCACAUUUCCUCCUGUGUCUGCAGUGUUUUACCAGAGGAUACGAAUAUAAAAAGCAUCAGAGUGACCACAAGUAUGAAAUCAUGACAUCAGAUUUUCCAGUAUUAGAGUCUGGCUGGACUGCCCAAGAAGAGAUGGCGCUUUUAGAAGCUGUGAUGGAUUGUGGCUUUGGCAACUGGCAGGACGUGGCUUAUCAGAUGCGUACCAAGACUAAAGAGGAAUGCGAAGGCCACUACAUGAAGAACUUCAUCAACAAUCCUCUCUUCUCCUCCACUUUGCUCAAUCUCAGACAGAUGGAAGAGCAUCGAACAGCAGACACAGCCAUUCCCUUUAAGCCAACGGAUGAUCCUCCAAGACCAUCAUUUGACUCUCAGCUAUCCAGAGAUAUGGCUGGAUAUAUGCCAGCUCGAGCAGACUUCAUGGAGGAGUUUGAUAAUUAUGCUGAAUGGGAUUUGAAAGACAUAGAUUUUGUGGAUGAUGACUCUGAUAUUCUACAUUCUCUUAAAGUUGCAGUAGUGGAUAUUUAUCACUCCAGACUGAAGGAGAGACAAAGGAGGAAAAAGAUCAUUCGGGACCACGGACUGCUCAACCUACGCAAGUUUCAGAUGCUAGAAAGGCGAUAUCCAAAGGAAGUCCAGGACCUUUAUGAUGUCAUGCGUCGCUUUGCCAGGGUGGUGGGACCCAUAGAGCACGACAAGUUUAUAGAGAGUCAUGCCUUGGAGUUCGAGCUGAGGAGAGAGAUCCAAAGACUGCAGGAAUACAGGAGAGAGGGAAUUCAGUCCUUCUGCGGUGCAAAGGUAUACGAGCGUGUGAAACGCAUACGGGAGGAUGAGCGCCGAAAGAGAAACAUGCUGUGUGACGUUUUGCAGUACAUUCAUGAUUCCCGUGCAUGCCAGCAGUGGCUGCACAAACAAGCUGCUAUAGACGCUGGAAUCACCCCUGUGGUGACCACCAUCACUACCUCAGGCAGACGAAGUGCACCUCCCCUUAACUUGACAGGGCUGCCUGGCACGGAAAAGCUUAACGAGAGAGAGAAAGAGUUAUGUCAGGUGGUUCGUCUGGUGCCUGGAGCGUAUCUGGAGUACAAACAGGCCCUGCUGAACGAAUGCCGACGACAGGGGGGUCUACGACUGGCACAGGCUCGAUCGCUUAUCAAGAUAGAUGUCAACAAAACACGCAAAAUCUAUGAUUUCCUUAUCAAAGAGGGCUACAUCAAUAAAGCUUAACUUCAGUCGAACUGCUACAAGGACAUGUGAAGGUAGAAAUGUAAAAGAGUAACAGUGAUGAAUAGAUUAUAAGUGUACUAGUUAUGUGUCAUUCUGUUCUGAGUAAUUCAUACAUAUGUAGAGUUGCACCUAUAUGGUAUUAAACUUGAUUGUGUACAAAGACUAAAUCAUUUUGUGUUGAGGAUAAUUGUGAUUGUGAACAUAAAAUAUUAAAACCGUGUUUGGUUUGCCUACCUGUAUCUCGUCGAAAAAUGUUGAAUUUGUCGAUAAUCUUUAAACUCCAGAAUUGUUGGAUGAAUGUCAAGAACAUAUCCGAAUUAUGUUUCACGCCCCCUUUCCCAAAAGUAAUCACUAUUGCAAAGCAGAAAUAUAUGGUAUAAUGUAUUUAUCUUAGUAGUAUUUGCUGUGUUAUUGAUGACUUUAAUAAAAAAAAUUGCACUAAUGAGAA